CAAGUUUCAUUUGUUUUCUUUCUUUCUUCUUCGUGUGCGAGAAAAAACAGAGAGAGAGAGAGUUGUUUCGAGAAUCAAACAAGAAAAGCCACCACCAUGCGACCACCUCGUUGUUCCAAUUCGUCUCAUUCUUCUUACUCACUGGCUGCAACGAGUUUGAACAACAGACUCUUGACGAUAUUCAAGAAAGCUCAAGAGCUUACAACUCUCUGUGAUAUCGAAGCCUGCGUCAUUCAUUACGGACCUGACGGAGAGCUGAGGACAUGGCCCGAGAACAGAGACAAAGUGAGAGACUUGGCUCUCCGCUACAUCCAGUUAGACGAAGCCAAGAGACGCAAGAAAAGCCUCAAUCUUUACGAGUUCCUCAACAAGAAUAAGAAGACGACGAAGAUGACCAACAAUUUCAAGAAGAAGAAUGCUGAGGAACUGAAGUACCCAAUCUCUGAUCACUACUCUGUCGAUCAAAUCAACCAACUCAUUCAGUCCUUGGAACUAAGUUACUCUACUCUGCAAGAACGGCGUCGUUUUCUUGCGGCAAAGAAACAGAACGAAUCUUUGAACCCUAGCCAGCUCACACCGUUACCACAAGAGUCUGGGUUGACAAAUCAGGAGCUCUGUGUUUAUGAUCAGAACAACAACAACAACUUUCAAAAUCUUUGCGUUUCAGCGGCACAAGAAUCUGGGUUACAUUAUCAGUUGAUGCCUUAUGGUGGUGGUUAUUAUGAUCAGAACAUGUUUGUGGGUAACAACUAUCAAGAUCCUUGCGUCUCCUCAAACACACAAGAUUACUCAGUGUUCCCACUAGAGCUGCAAGAAUCUUUGAGUAACUACGGAUUGAAUCAGUUGAUGCCUCAAGAGCUUUAUGGCUUGGAUCAAAACAUGUGUAUGGGUGAUACUAUCAACAUCAACAACAACGCUCAGGAUCCUUGUCUCUCAGAUGACUUCUGCUUUGAUUUUCAGGACCCUUAUAGUGGUUUCAUGGUCGGUAACCCUAGCUUCUCUCAAGAUUUUAAUCUCGAUAUGUCUUCAAGCUAUGUUGAUGAGAACAGACUGCUUCAGGCAUCUACUCUACCAUCUCUCUACCUCCAACCUUCCUAACGACAACUCUGAGAUUCCUAGCAACAUACCUGAUAUGAGAUCAUAGAGCGUGAAGCUGUUUAUGCAUCUCCAUGUUUUUAUUUUGAAUACGCAUAUAUAUGUAACUGCAAAACAGAGGUUUUGUUC